GGAGGGCCCCGGGUGAGGUGCGGGAACGUGAGCGAGAGUUCCGGCCGGAGGCCCGAGCUGAGGGCCGGCGCCUUCAUCAUGGCCUCGGCCCAGCUGGACUACACCAUCGAGAUCCCGGAUCAGCCCUGCCGGAGCCAGGAGCACAGCCCCAACCAAGGUGGGAAGGAGGCGGGGACUCGACAGCCUUUGGUGAUUCUCUUGGGCUGGGGUGGCUGCACGGACAAGAACCUGGCCAAAUACAGCGCCAUCUACCACAAAAGGGGCUGCAUCGUGAUCCGAUACACAGCCCCCUGGCACAUGGUCUUCUUCUCCGAGUCCCUGGGCAUCCCUUCACUUCGUGUCUUGGCCCAGAAGCUGCUUGAGCUGCUCUUUGAUUACGAGGUUGAGAAGGAGCCCCUGCUCUUCCACGUCUUCAGCAACGCCGGCGUCAUGCUGUACCGAUACGUGCUGGAGCUCCUGCAGACCCACCGGCGCUUCUGCCACCUGCGUGUGGUAGGCACCAUCUUUGACAGCGGUCCUGGCGACGGCAACCUGCUGGGGGCUCUGAGGGCGCUGGCAGCCGUCCUGGAGCACCGGCCUGCCGCGCUGCGCCUGCUGCUCCUGAUGGCCUUUGCCCUGGUGGCAGUCCUGUUCCACGUCCUGCUGGCGCCGCUCACUUCCCUCUUCCACACCCACUUCUAUGACAGGCUGCUUGACGCAGCCUCUCGCUGGCCCGAGCUCUACCUCUACUCCAGGGCCGACGAGGUGGUCCUGGCCAGGGACGUGGAGCGCAUGGUGGAGGCACGCCUGGCGCACCGGGUCCUGGUGCACUCUGUGGACUUUGUGUCAUCUGCACACGUCAGCCAUCUCCGCGACUACCCUACUUACUACACGAGCCUCUGUGUCAACUUCAUGCGCAGCUGCGUCCAGUGCUGAGGUCCUUGCCCUACCCACCUCACCUCUGCUCCAGAAAUAAAUGCCUGACACCUCCCCAUAACCUACAUCCAUGGGUGGGGUCCUCUUCUGGUUCAACUCCCUGCAGCCCUCUGGGACUUUAUGGUCCUCCAGGUAGAGAAUUUCCAUGGGCCUCUGUCCUGGGGACUGUGGUGGUCUGCUUAUCCCAGGAUUCUAGGGGCAGGAGUGCCUGCGCAGGUCUCUGCGGAAGCCUAGCAGUGGUUGUGUUUGGGUAAGUGCAACAGUCAGGCUGCUGACCCCUGUGGCAUUUAGGCUGUGAAGGGUUAAUAAAGCUGGGGGUGGGGGGUAGGGGUGAGGAUGAGCCCCAGCGUUGAUCUCCGAUUCCUUGAAUAGAAGGUGAGCUUUGCAGGGAGGUGCCAGAGGGUAGGGGCAGGCUGGGGCAGGGGCUGUGAUCUGUGCUCCCAGGUCCCGGAAGGGCAGAGCCCCACAGCAUGGAGUACCGUCCCUGUGGAUCCCACUUGGCAGUUCACUCAGGCUUCUCAUUGCCAGGGAGUCUGAUGUGGAAGCCAAAUGGGGAGCUGAGGAUACACAGGUGGGGGGCCUGUCCAGGUGUACCACACUUUGCCAGGAAGCCGCUAGAUCCAGGAAAGUUGCAAGAUGUGUGUGUAAUGGGCAGAUGGAGUGGGGAGCAGGAAGACAGCAGCGCCAGAUGGGAGCUGGGACAAGCUGAGUCAGGAGCCCUAAAGACCAGAACCAGAACCACUGGCCUGAAAAAAACUCCUUGCAUCUCCUUGAGGGAGACCCACUUGGAUCCUCUGUAGGCAGAAGCAGUGCUUUCAGCCUUAGAGUCCUGUAUCAUCUAUCAUUCUACAAGUCACUGCUGCACAAUGCUGGCACAUAGCAGGCAUUCAAUAAAUAUUUGUUGAUUUAA